UAAUUUCUUCUCAUCCAAACAUAGUGCGUGAAAGUUUUUGUUAUAUACAUAACAAAUCUUCUUGUUUUACAUCCAACGAUCAAAAAAGCGUUCGAAACUAAAAAAGUCUGGUUUAGUCUCUCGAGACAAGGACGAGGUUGUUUUGAUUUUGAUGGAGAUUAACAUGUUGGGGAUGGCUUCCUUCCCUUGCUACACAACACCGAACCGUUCUCAUCUUAAUCUCAGACAAUUAUCUAUGCGACAAGAUUAUCCCCUUGCAAGCAAAAUCGUUGUUAAAAAUUUACCUUAUUCUACUGCUGAGACUACUUUACAGAAUAAAUUUUCAAAUUUCGGCAAAAUAGCUGAAGUACAAAUGGUUAAAGACGUGAUCACGAAAAGAUCAAAGGGACUUGCUUUUAUUCAAUACACAAGUCAAGAUGAUGCCAUGCUUGCACUUGAAACCAUGGAUCAAAAGGAUUUUUGCGGCCGGAUGAUCUCUGUUGAACUUGCAAAACUUAGGUGGGAUAUUGGUGGGCCCCCAAGGGCCACGGGGCCGCCAAAGAAGUGGAAUUUGCCAGAAGAGCAAGUAGAUGAGGUUGAUUGCUGGUACUGAUCACAUAUCAAAUGAAUAAUGCUGUUAAAGCGACAAUGAUGGAACAAGUAUCAAUGGAACAUUAGGUUUUAGAGUGUGUUUGAAACUGCGGUGAUAGUUUCAUCUGUGUGCGAUGUGUUUGAAGCUAUAACUUGGAGCUUCAGAUUUGAUUUGCGGUGGAUUACCUUAAACGUUGAAGCAAACACAUUCUUAGUAAUAUUGAUGCAAUACAAUAAAAGGUCUUUUCUUAAUCAAUUCUUGAGGGACUGAAGUUUGAUCAAUCUCUGAAGCUCCUGCAAUAGCAAAUUUAACUGUACAUAUAAGAUAUUACUGAUUUAGAUUUAGUAUUUUUGAGUUGCUACUACACAUUUGAAUUAAAUUUUCUAUGUCACAAAUUUAUAUAUGCUACUUUUCAAGCUCAUGUGAUGCUUA